UUAAGUAUAUCUCGUUUCAAUUCUUCAAAUGUCUUCGAUAUCGAAAUUCAAGAUGGACAGUUUGGAAAAACCGGCUGACGUCUUGACGGCUCCUCGUCGCCGAUGUAACGUUUACAAAUUACUUACGUUAUCGCAAAAACGUGAUGCACAAAAUGUAACUGAUUGAAGGAUGAUAAAAAUUUUAAUGAAUGCUAGUCGUGCAAGAGCACGAUUUCCCGUCAUCGGCGACUCGACGGUUCUAACCUUUUUGUUUCACACGAGAAUAACAUUUCUCUAAUUUUAUGCCGCGAUUAUCCGUACGUGAAGUUGGUUUUUUUCAUGCAAGAUAUUUGUGAGAAGAGUAGCGCAACGCAAACAUUUCUUCUAGGAAGAUUAAUUUAUCGCACGAGACGAACAACAACUUUGACAGCUUUAACAGCUGAUCGCAAAGGGAUGUGUGUGACUCGAAGGAACUUUAACAGGAGAGUUUUUAAUUUCAGACUUGGAUAAUCGAUUUCGUGAAUGAUUUCCCAAAUGUCGCAUGUGAUGACACUCGCCAACAGCAUUAUAGGCGUGAGCGUCCUGGCGAUGCCUUUCUGCUUCAAGCAAUGUGGCAUCGUCUUGGCCGUCCUGGUGCUACUUCUGUGCAGCGUCCUGUCACGACUGGCGUGUCACUUUCUCAUCAAAUCGGCCGUAAUAUCAAGGAGACGCAACUUCGAACUACUCGCCUUUCAUACGUUUGGUCACAUGGGAAAGUUUCUUGCGGAGCUUCUAAUUAUUGGUUUUAUGCUGGGCACGUGCAUCGCCUACUUCGUCGUCGUCGGUGAUCUGGGACCACAGAUAAUCGGCAAGAUGAUGGAAAAGACGCCAGGGGAAAUUCGCACCAGUCUGCUAAUCGUCACUGGAGUCUUAAUAGUUUUACCCCUUGGGCUGUUGCGAAAUAUCGAUAGUUUGUCUAGCAUUUGCACAGCUACUAUUGUCUUCUAUCUUUGUCUUGUAUUAAAGAUAGUGGGUGAAUCUACCCUACAUAUCUUUGCGGGAGAUUGGUGGAACAGUGUCAACUAUUGGAGACCAGCUGGUAUUCUUCAGUGCCUACCGAUAUUCUCUAUGGCUCUCUUCUGUCAAACUCAACUGUUUGAAAUAUAUGAAACCAUUCCAAAUGUAUCUCUAGAGAAAAUGAACGACGUUGUACGAGGAGCAUUAAAUAUAUGUACUCUUGUAUACAUGUGCGUUGGCUUGUUUGGUUACAUUGCUUUUUGUACUCAAUCGUUCACAGGAAAUAUUUUACUGAGUUUCGAGCCUAGCAUAACAUCCGAACUGAUUAAACUGGGAUUCGUAUUUUCGGUUGCAUUCAGUUUCCCUCUAGUCAUUUUUCCAUGUCGUGCGAGCUUGAAUUCUCUUUUAUUUCGCCGGGUAUAUACUCACGAGCCGUCUAUCAAUUAUUUGUCGGAAUCGAGAUUUCGAUUUCUCACUGUCGCAAUAGUCACCAUUUCUCUGAUAAUCGGUAUUCUUGUGCCAAACAUAGAGUUUGUCCUUGGUAUCGUGGGAUCUACAAUUGGUGUAAUGAUCUGCUUAAUAUUUCCAACAGUACUCUUUAUAUCUAUAAGCAGCAAAAAUACUAAUGAAAGACUAGUAGCUCAGGGCAUUUUAAUUAUUGGUGUUUGGAUUAUGGUGCUCGGUACAUACGCCAAUUUAUACGCAAUGGAAGAAUCUACAAAUGCAAAAUUAGCUAUGACUAAUAAGCCACUCGGUCAAAUCAAUCUACCGUUGAACAUAAUUAAGGACGAUUUACAUAUCAUUCCUGAUGUUGCCAAUAGUUUGGAACUCAUUCCCAGAGCAAAAGACACAAUUAAUAAACCCAACAUUGAUGUCCUUGAUAAAACGGAUUUAAAAGCGAAAGAUGUUCGACAAGAACCGCCCAUUCCCGUUGAACGUGUGAUUGUGACCGAAAAACAGAACGUCGAAAAGUCUGAUAAAGCAGCAGUAGACACUCUUGUGCCAGAGAUAAAGGAAAUGGAAGUUGAAACAGUUAAGACCUUAAACGAGAAUGUAAAUGUGCAAUUGGAAGGUGCUGUAAAUACCAAUAUCGCUAAAAUCGAUGAAUCCGUUACUUUAAAAGCGGAGGAGAAGAUAAAGAUAAUCGAGGAAAAGGAACGAUCUGUGGAUUUGCAGAAGAAUGAUAAUCUCAUUAAUUUGGAUGCGAUAAAGAAGGAGGAAUCUGAAUUGGCUGCUGAUGGAGAUGUUGCUAAUGCCAUAGCUGCGGAACGACACGAGCAACUCAGAAAAACGUUGGAAAAACAUAAAUUAGAGCAACGUCAAAUGAUGCAGGAACAGAAAAAAAUUCUGAAAGAUAUCAAGGAACAGAAGCAAGAAUUCGAAAGGGAGAAGCAGAGAAUGGCGAAGGAUGAGAUGUUUAAGAAGAGUGAAAAGAAGCUUAACAAGGAGGAUAUUUUGCCGCGAAGCAACACCGACUUGAGAAAGGAUGAAAAUGUUGAAAAUAAGGAAAUUAGUAUAGAAGAGAAAAAUAAUAAAAUAGUUGUGGAAGAAAAGCAAUGGAAUGAGAUAAAAAUAAAUGAAGAACAAUCUCAAGACAAGAAUAUCAAUAUAGCAGCUGAAAGUAGCAAGAAAAAUUUGGAUUCCUUUCAGGAAAUUUCUCGCAACAAAGAUGUAGAAAUAUUACAGAAAAAACCAGAUAAUUUACAAGAGCAAUCUCUUAUCAACAAUAUGAUUAUCGAUAAUGAAAUACCCGAGAAAUCAUUCCAUAAAGAAAAACAAGACGAGACAAAAAUGGAAAGAAUAGAGUUUAACGAUUCGAAAAGUAUGAAGGGUCCUAUUUUAAAUGUCUUAUCAAAAGGAGCUUUACAAAAAUCCAUUGUGGAAGAGGUACUUGUUAAAGAGAACGAUAAUCGUCAAAUAAAGGAAGAGAAGAGAGAGUCUCUUACAAAUGGAAUUGUAAACAUGUCGGAGAAAUUGCAAGGAAAACACGAUGACAAAUAUUCUGUACCUGUAGCAUUAAAAAUGAUGAAUCAAUCAAAACAAGACAAAGUAAUUGCUUCAUCAAACAAAAGCGAACAAGAAAGUCCUGUUGUACAUAGAGAUAUUCUAGAGAAUAAUGAACGUGAAAAGAGAGACGUCAUUGAGGAAGUAAAUGACACAAAAGUCAGCAAUUUGCUAACUGAAAAAUCCGAAUCUCUUAUUAAAAAUGUCGAUGACGUGGAUCGCGAAACUUGCUCAAAAUUACAGGAAAAUUCCAAAAAUUAUAAAGAUAAAAAACGUGAUAAAAAGAUAAUUAAAUCGAGCACAACCGAAGUUCCUCUGAUUAAAACGAACGUUUAUCUGUCUGAACAAGGAAUAACAAAAACGAUUUCUAUGGAUGGCGCUUUUAAUGUAGAAUAUGUAAAUAUAAAACAGAAAGAUUUGAAAGUUUUGAAUCCUAAAGAUAAUGUAGAAAUAUAACAAUAUUUAGUGAUAUUUUGAAAAUAAUAGAAUUCAUACAGCAUAAUUUUAUACAGUUCAUUUAUAAAUCGCAGAUUUCUUGUUACUUUCUAAGUGCUGUAUUAUAUUUAUGUUAAUUAUAUAU